AUGGCCGACAUCUUCCUCCCGUUCCCGUCCCUGCCCUACAUCGCAGCCGCGUCGUCCUCCUGGCUGUCCUCGAUCACCGUCGCCUUGCUGCGCUUGGUACGCCGCUUCCGUCCACCCUUUGCUCCCCUAGCCGGCGACGGGGUCUCGUCCGGGCUCUGCGAAGGCCGGCGCUUCUGGGCGCGUUGCAGGCGCAUCACCUCGUACACCACCACUUCGGCGCUCCGUGUCGCUCAGGUGCUCCGGCAGGGUCAGCGCAGCCAGGAGCUGCUUGGCCCACUUCUCGUACAGCCGCUCUUCUUGCAGGCAGGAGUACGAGGCGUCCUGCUUCAGGAUCGACCACGUCACAUUGCUGUUCUGCCCGAUGCGCACUAG